AUGGCUGCCUCUAUGGAAUCACAUGCGAAAGGGAAACAAAAAGUUAUCAAAAGCGUGUCUAAGACAUCCAACGAGAAAAGACUUAUCGUUAUUUUGGAAAAGUCGUCAUUGGAGUCAGUGAAGGUUGGAAAGCAAUUUGAGUUGAUAAACUGUGACAAACAUAAACAGAUAGCUAAAAAGAGUGGGCGAGACAUUUCCCAAUGUCGACCAGAUAUUACACACCAGUGUUUACUGAUGUUGAUGGACAGUCCACUAAAUCGUGCUGGUCUUCUGCAAGUCUACAUCCACACAGAGAAAAAUGUUCUCAUAGAAAUCAACCCACAGACGAGAAUUCCGCGAACAUUUGACAGAUUCUGCGGACUGAUGGUACAGUUACUGAGAAAACUCAGCAUUCACGCAGCAGAUGGACCUCAGAAGUUACUCAAGGUAAUAAAAAACCCAGUAACUGAUCAUUUACCCAUUGGAUGUUCAAAGAUUGGAACAUCUUUCAGUGCCGACAUUUGUGAUGACCUGAAAGAGCUCGUCCCAUCAGAUGAACCUGUGGUGUUUGUAAUUGGAGCAAUGGCACACGGAAAGAUUGACGUACCGUAUACAGAGAAAACCGUGUCAUUCAGUAACUAUCCACUGUCUGCUGCACUUACAUGUGCUAAGUUGUGUAAUGCUUGUGAAGAGAAAUGGAACAUCAAAUAAAUAUUAUAAAACAGAAA